AUGUUUCGCCAACGAACGAGCGCGGCGAAGCCGGGGGACGAGCUCCUGGCUACCUUUAGGGAACAGUUUCCGCAUCUUUCAAGUACUGGUGAACCGAGCGCAUCGUCGGCUGUUGCCGUUACCAACAUUGCGGCCCCAGCCCACCCAGGCGCUCUUGUUGCUCCUCAAGACAGGCAAUGCGCUUUGGGACUUUCAGCUGCCCCCCAGAGCGCGGGGUAUUACUUUGCGCGCCGUCGGCUCUGUCAGGUUGCAGAGAUCGCGCCGGCUGCCGUGAUAUCACAAGCUAUAAGCCAUGAAGCCUUCCGGGACCAGGACCCAACGCCUAGAGCGUCGGGCAACGAGCUCUUCAAAUUUACUCCCUCUUUGAUGGACCCGAAUUCGUUCUCCUUUGCCAAUUUCGCAAAUGCGCCCCCGGGUUACUACACCCCAACACCAGGGGGGACAAACACACUCUACCACCCUCAAGCUGGCGACUUGCACACGCCAUCACUUGGUCUUGGCAUGGGCAUAGGCACUCCCUUGUCGAUGCCAACAACUGAAGCGGCUCAUAUGCACUCUACUACUGCCAUGAUAGACAUGGGCGGCUACCACCAUGGAAUUCAUCCACCUCACCCGCAACAACAUCAGUUCCACCCGCAAGCUCAGUUCCAUCAUCCGUUUAUCCAGCCACCACAGCCACAACAAUCGUUUGCGCCAUCCACAUUUGUCCAUCAAGAUACCGGUUAUGAAACAAUGGACCAGGACGGCUCUCCUAUGGAGUCAGAUGCCGCCGAGGACAGGAUGGUUGCCAUCGACUCUACUUUCCCUCCGCAGGGUGGAAUGGUUGGAUUCCAACCAAGACAGUUUAUGCCUUUGAACGUUGGGCUUCCCGCAUCUGCCGAGAAGUUCCGUUUUCACUCAACCCUGAACGCACCCACGGCCAUGAUCAAACAUGCAGAUGAGAUUCCCGUGACUUAUCUCAACAAAGGCCAAGCCUAUUCCCUUUCAAUCGUCGACACCACACCCACAAUACCAAUCCAACCGGGCACGCGCUUCCGAACUUUUGUACGCGUUUCAUUUGAGGAUGAGCAACAGAGGCAAAAACCCGGUGUCUGCUGGAGUUUAUGGAAGGAGGGCAGGGGCACCAAUGAGGCCCAUCAAAGAGGGGGCAAGCUCCAAGCUGUGGAGUAUGUCGAGGCUGGGCAACCUGCUGAAGGCGACGACAAGAGGACACGGAUCGAGCUCGAAACGUCGUCAUUCGAUGGAUUCUCGGUCAUCUGGACUCCCGGUAUUCAUGGGGCUGCAGAAUGCACAAUCGCAGUUCGUUUCAACUUCCUCUCAACUGACUUCAGUCACUCAAAGGGAGUCAAGGGUAUUCCAGUAAGGCUCUGCGCCAAGACCAGCGCACUACCUUUCGACAACUCCCAGGCCAGCCCUGACCCCGCAGCAACUGAGAUCUGCUACUGCAAGGUGAAGCUAUUCCGCGACCAUGGAGCCGAGCGAAAGCUGGCAAAUGAUGUACAGCACGUGAAGAAAACGAUCGAUAAGCUCAAGCAGCAAAUCACUCAAGCUGAGAGCGGUAUGAAGGAUUUCAACAAGCGCAAAAGAUCCUCGGGUGCACACAACAGGGGCCAAGAUGCUCAACGCCCUGGAAAAGUACAAAAGCAUAAGCGCACUUGGUCAAUGUCGUCAACAAGCUCUGCUGGUGCGCAAAGGCCGCCGCUCGAGGAGGACCUUCACUUCAAACUUCAGACGCUCCAGGACAUGUUCACCAGCACUCGACCUGUCAGCAUUCUUUACCUUCGUGGUGAGGAUUUGGAUGACCCGGAUCUUCAUCCAGUGGCAUUGCCAGGGGAUUCUUUGGAACUGGCCAAGGCAGAAUCGCGAGAAGGAUCGGCCUGGCAAGCUAGGGGAAGCGGGCGCAGCUCCGUAGCUGGUUCCUCUCUCGUGUCACCGUCCCCAAGCUCGCUUUCGCUACAGUCCCAAGCAUCAGUCGCCAACGCACAGUGGCAGGAUUUUGAUGAGACGGCUCCAGCUGCACGUCAAGGUUCGGACCAGCCUGUCAAGGUUAAUAAGACGGACGAUACCGGCAGCCUAACCGGCUGGAUUGAAGCGCUUGGUGUUGAUGCAUCGUACAAGCCUCCCCCAGAGCGUAGCACGAAGCCUGUGGCAUGUUUCUAUAUCCUACGCCGAAACCCUGGUAACCCCGAUGCCAAGGAAUUUCACCGUGCCAUUUACCUUAUGCAACGCAACCUCAAGGAGUUCGUGUCUCGUGUAGCUGCAAAAUGGGGCAUCGAGUCAACGAGCGUUGUGCGGGUAGUGCAUGCCCUCGACAGAGGACUAGAAGUGGAAAUGGACGACGACGUCAUUUCCGAACUUCCCGAAGGCCAAGACAUGAUCUUGGAAAUAACCGAUCUCGCCAACGUAACAUCGGUAAAGAGAGAAUGGGAGAUGUCGGUGGACGACCACAGCGACAACGACGCCGUCUCAACACGCACGGCUACCAAGAGUGGCUAUGAGUUCCGGCUUACAUUUUGA